AUGAGUACUCGGUAUUGUAGUUCCCACAAUAGUGCACAAGAUGGCCCAUUGCGCUCUUCGAUCUCAGGUGAUCGACUACCAGCAAGGCCUAAAAAGAAGCAUUCACGUCGCUAUAAAUUCCAAUUCCAUAAGCAUCUUCAAUUUCAUGGCACUACAUAUCAGAAGGUAACUUCCAUGUCUUAUCUGAUAGACAACUAUGGGGAGCAUAAGGCCACUACUAUUACUUCGUUUAUGAGGUGUAUUCAUAGAAAGAUAAACCACGAUGUGUGUAGAAUUAGUGAUGACCACAUUAUUCAUAAUGUUUCUAAAUGGGAGAAAUCGAAGCUGUUUCUACUCCUAGUGACGUUGUCUCAACGUGGAGGCCCAGAAUACUGGAUGGAUAAAACAAAUGGGAAUCAAGGGAAGAAUAUAGUUCAAGAAGGGAGUAAAUGUAAGAAGAAUAGCGUCGAAGUCCAAAACACUAGUAAGAAGAAAGAGGCGAAAUUAGUAUACACACUAGUCGAACAGAUUAUGAGAGAAAAUAUCACUGAAGAUUAUGAUGAGAGUAUCCAUGAUGAGAAUUAUGUAUUCUCAUCUAUAUGGGCUAAUUUUAUGGAAGGGUUGAUUAACCAUUACUUGGAAAAAGUUAUCAUCCCGAGGUCUGAACUCAAGGUUUGCCAACAGUUGUAUAAGCCUAUGAUGAAAAUCAUUUCACUCUAUAAUGAAUACAAUGAACUUAUGGAUAAGAGUGAAAGAAGUGGUUUUUUGCCAAACAGAGGCUCUGGGUGUAUUGGCCCAGCUAUCAAAGACGAAUCGGGAGAAACAUCUUCAGUUGCAUCAGAUAGUACUACGAUACAAGAUGGGUCCACAGACGGAAAAUUAGAAAGGGCUCAAAAGCUGCUAUGGCAAGCUCGUCAAGACAUACCAAAAACCAUUAGCAAAGAAUUAACGUUACUUUCAGAGAUUUACACCACGUUGAGUGCUGAUGAACAAGAUUAUGAGCUGGAUGAAUUUGUAUGUUGUGCGGAAGAGUACAUUGAAUUGGAAUAUCUACCUGCGUUGAUUGACUUAUUAUUCAAUAACUGUGGAACCUUAAUAUUCUGGAAAAUCAUGCUUGUACUAGAACCGUUUUUCUAUUAUAUCGAGGAGUUAGAUGACGUCCGUGACAACGAUGAUGAAGAGGGUGAAGAAUCAAAAUUCACCACUGAGGCUACAGCUGAGUAUGUAAAUAAAAUAGCGAAACCAGAUCCUCGAGUGGUAACUUUGGAAAGGAUCUGUAAAGUAGCUGCGAGACAAAAAUGGAUAUAG